AUGUCACCAACCACCAACAAUAACGACACAGCGCUUGAUAACGACUCCAGUAACGACAUCGAUAAAAACUAUGACACAAAAAUCGACGACACAUUCCAGCAAGACAUCAAUACAAUGACACUAAGAACGACGACUCCAACGGCGAAAUUACCUGUUACUCACCAACAAGAACUUAACACUCUGAUAAUGACUCCAGUAACGACGAACGACCCUAGUAAUGAAAACGCAAACUACGACACCAAAAUUGACGACGUAUUCCGGAAGCAACACACCAAGAAUGACAACGACAUACUCCAAAAGCAAUACACCAAGAACGAUAACUCCGUAUUCCAGUAG